GGCGGGGAGAUGGGGGCGGCGGCGCGGUGACAGCGGUGCUGGGGAGACGUCAGGCGGAAGGGAAGGGCCCAGCGGGCGGCAAGUGGGCUCCGCUGCCGUCUGAGCAUGCUCCCGCGGGGGCAGCGCUGGGGUAUAUAGCGGCACCGAGGCGCCGACGGCAGCAGUAGCGGCUCUGGUGAAGUCGGUGGGACGUUCAGCACCGCGCUCCGCACCGCACCGCGCCGCGCCGUACCGCACCGCACCGUGCCGCACCGCGCCGCGCCGCACCGCUCCGCCCGGCUCCGCGCCGCUCCGUACUGCACGGUACAGCUCCCUACGGCACCUCUCCGGACAGCAGCGCUCUGUACCGUCCCGCACUUCUCGGCACGGUACCGCCCCGCUUCGCGGAGUCCGUCUCUGCCCGGCCGCCGCUGCCCGCCGAAGCCUCGGCGCCCGGCACGGCCGAAGCAGCGCGCCCCGCUCCGCCGGCCCCCGCGGCGGGCGCUCCCGCGGGCGGCAGGAUGGCCGCGAAGCCGGCCGAGCUGAUGGGCAUCUGCUCCAGCUACCAGGCUGUGAUGCCCCACUUCGUCUGCGUGGCCGAAGAGUUUCCCCCGCCCGCUCGCCCCGCCAAGGCUCCCAAGGGCAAGCUGCGGCGGCCGCGACAGUCGCGCUUCAAGACGCAGCCGGUGACUUUCGACGAGAUCCAGGAGGUGGAGGAGGAGGGGGUGUCCCCCAUGGAGGAGGAGAAGGCCAAGAAAUCCUUCCUUCAGUCUCUGGAGUGCCUGCGGCGGAGCACCCAGAACCUCAGCCUGCAGCGGGACCGCCUCGGCAGCUGCCGCCUCCGCAACAGCCUGGACUCCAGCGACUCGGACUCGGCCCUCUGAGGGCGGCGGAGCCCGACCCGGCCCGGCGGCGGCGGCACGGACUGGGCUGCAGGAGCCGCCACGCCGCCGGCCCAGGAGCGCCCGGGGCGGGCAGCCGGUCGGGAUGUUUUCUAAGAAAGCGCUUGUACCUUCGUUUCUAUUUGAUUGUAUGAAACUCUCCGUUUAAAAGACAAAAAAAAAAAAAAAAUCUUUUCUAUUCGUUAGAAGAAAUGAGCUGUUUUAGAUGCAUUGAGCUGCUGGACUUUAUAUUUAUUUUUGCAUUUAAACUGUUGACUGCAUUAAUUUAAUAUGUUUCUACCUGAAUGUCUGUUAUUAUUUCCAUAAAAGAGUAAUAAAAUCUGAUAUAUUUGCACAGUA